AUCCUUAUUCUUGACAAUACAUCUCUUAGAGCUCUAGGUCACCUCUUUUGGUACUGAUGUUGUACUCAUCUUGUUUAAUCAAGUUCUAACUAGCUUUUUCGUUGAAACUCAACUAUUUAACUUCUUGUUUGGUCUACUAUAUAGAGUAUCUGACACACAUAGAAUUCGAGCGGCAACCGAUAAGGCGACCUGGCUGACAGCCGCGCUUUUGCAAUUUGCUCCCGAUCGGUCGUUUGUUCCUUCCGAAGCAAACAACAGUGUUGCCCAAAGCCCUACUGUGGCGCCUAUAAACGCCAUUUAUAGGGCGGAGCAACCAGUGAUGAACAAACCAGAGCAUCAGAACCAAGUUCCAGUGUCUGCAGUGGUUGGUCAAUCUCUUGAAGCAAACGUUGAAAAAGAAAAAAGACCUCCCGAAGUUCCUGAGGACCAUGAAAUACCGGUCUCGGAGCAGACAUUUGAGGAAGAUUGGGGUCGGAAGCCAGCUGAACAACAGGGAUUCGAGGAACUGCAGCUUGCAGAGACUUCAAAACCACUAAGACAUGAACCAGAGACGACGUUAGAUUUUCAGGUAUUUGGAGAAGAAAUUUUGGCUAGGCUUUGGAACCGAGUGCUGUCGGAGAUAACGUCGAGGAGUUUGAGGCAGCUUCUGCAUACAGACGCGCGACUUGUUGCAGCAGGCGCAGCUAUUGAUGGCUCGCGUGCUAUAGUCGCAUUGGAGUUCGAUCACCCGCGCGAUAAACACAAAGCAGAGCGGUCAUGGCGGAGCAUCUGCAUUGCAUUUCAAGCCGUGCUGAACACCGCGGUUGAGCUUCGAAUCGGUUUGUGCGAAGUUGCACCUGGCGAUGGUUCGCUGGCACGCGCUGGUGAAACAAUGGUUGGCACAAAGCCGGGCACAUCCACUCAACACAAAAACUCCGAAAUUGUGACCGAGGAUUCCAGCAGUGAAUCGUACAGUCAAUCGGGCCCAUCAACUCAAGGUCAAUACAGAAACAAGUGGGUUACGGAUGAGGACCCCAUUUCUUACGAUGCCCAUCUUCAAGACAUGCAGGAAGCGCGUUCACGUAGCCAUCGGAGACGAACCACGAGACCUCGUAGGCAUCGUCAAGCAAGAGACGUAGCAGACACUCAACUGCAAAUACAGCAGAAUUCAGACCCCAGCGCCAUCACUCCUCGCCGGCCGCCACCAAGUCGGAGGCGAAGGGUGAAACGAACCGGUUCUGCAAGAGCAAGCUCUGGAGCAACCCAAACGGUCAUUCCAGUGCGAGAGACGAAGGUAGGCUCACGGGAUUCUGGCAGUUUCGGUGACGUCGGUGGCGAUAUUUUGGCAUAUAGAGGCAAAAAACAGUUGAGUACUAUGGUGGAGGAGCCUCUAAGCGAGAUUGAAGACCUUCAGUCGGCCCAGCGAAAGAUCUCGCAGCAGCGAGCCGACAGCUCCUUGUCAGCAAAUUUUGACCGCCGCACUAACAUAGUCUAUGCGGAGCGUGGAUCGCAGAGAGGGAGCCCUCUUUGCUGUAGAAGGGCAUCACCCCAGCCCGAGUUUUUGAUGCGCAAGUCCAGGGUGAAGACCAUGAAAAAGGGGCGAGGGAAGGCGCUGCUCCUCAAACUGAUACCCUGCGCCGAAUCCAGAGUCGCAAAGAACACUGCACCGGUUUCCAAGGCACCGUAAGGGGCCUUUCACUCUGCCGAGUCGAAACUCAAAGUGACCAAGUCGCAACAGCCAAUCUCCACCACCCGGGCUCUACAGGAAUCGUCGGUGCAUCGAACAUGCGUACCAUCCUGUUAUUUUGAUCUUGAUCAAUUAUACCACUGGGAUGUCGCGAACGGCCUUGGUUCAUGUCUAGCACACGGCUGUGGCCAUUAGGACGGAACACAGCUCCGUCGAAACAUGGAAAAUCUAACCUGGCAAUCACAUCCUGCACGCUUGCCCACCGCGAGGACAGUUCGCCAGCCCCUCGCACUGGUGCGCACCAAGUUCGGCGUCAGAAUUGGUGACGGCACCACUUGUACAAUAUGACAAACGAUAGGGAUACAGAACACCCACAAUCUCGAGCAAACAAUGAAGAUCUCACGACGAGAGCUUCCCCCGAGUCAGAGCAGCCAAGAGAAAAAGCCAUGGCUGCUUCUGAUCUGGCGAGGGUAGCGCCGAAGCAAGGGUGGAAACGACAAUUCUUUUGGGGCCAAGGGUCUCCGGGAAGGAGCAGCUUGCCGGUGCCUGCUAUGGAUCUACACACGAGCCCUGCGUAUCUUGUGUAGAAGUGCACCAACUCAAUAAUUUUGGGUCCUUAAUGUAGUACGUUCGAAUUUCAAUAUCAAUUGUUGAACACCUCCUCCAUGGAGGUUGUGUCCAUAAUGGCAUGCUGUUGAAGCUUGAAUAAUUAUUA